UGGGGGCGACCGUAGACAACAAACAUCUAGGUUCGGUACAUCUUUAUAUUAGACUUGCCUCGUGGUGUGAGACAACACAACGAACUCAGCUUUACUUGAACUACAAAACGACAAAACGCGAAAGCGAGAAGCCUUUGGGGAAUUUAAUUAAGGUGUAUAAAAGAAAUCGAGUGCGAUUAUUGAAUAAAGAGAGUGAUACACUUGCUAAUCUACAAGGCCUUGGAAAAACGUGUUUAGCGGUCAUCAGAACAAGAAAGAUAAAUCAUCUGACCCGAAUUAUAUUGAACAACAGUCAUGAAGAUGUUCAAGAUAGUAUUGCUUCUUAUAGCUCCACUCUUCUGCAACUCACUUGAUUACAAUGACGCUGAGCUGUGUAAGCCCCAUCUGACCGUGGUGCCUAUCGACCCUCCUAACUACGGCUACUACCCCUACUUCAUCAAACUGCACCGCUGCGGGGGAUCCUGUGACAUCACCCAACCCAACGUGAGGGAAUGCGUCGCCUUGGAAACCGAGCGCGUUAAGGUUGGCGUAAUAGCCAUCUCGGGCGUACCACGUGACACUAUCAUGGCUGUCAAUCACACCAAGUGCGGCUGCCAGUGUGUGGCCAAGCCGAGCGAUUGUGACCCGGAGGUUCAAGUGUGGGAACCGAAUAACUGCCUGUGCAAGUGUAGGUACGCUGACACACAGCCUAAAAAGUGCCCGGAGGGACAUCGCUGGAGUGCGUCUAGCUGCUCCUGUAUGUGUGACAAGGCCCCCGAGGUCUGCCCUGUUGGGAAGUACUGGAGCCAGCGGUCGUGCGGAUGUGUGUGUAGCGCGCACGUGGUGGGGGCCUGCAAUCAGCAUGGCAAAGUGACAAACAGCGAUUGCGAAUGCGUGGAUCAGAGCGACAUUAGCGUCAACGCAUUCAGGGGGAAACAACCAUCAGAUGACGCCAAGUCAGGCCGACUUAUGCUCAUUCUAAUGGUGGCGGAGUUUGGUGUUCUGGUGCUCGUGUUUGACGCCAUCAUGUAUCGCAAGAAGGCAGGAUUCACUUACUUCCUUGUACGGCGAAUCUCUUGUAAAGCAAAAUCAAAAGACAUGUGUCACAGCACCAUGACAGUGGAUACGGCGUGUUCAACAGAUAAAUCGGACCACAGGGACCCCGUGGAUCACGUGUAAAGGGCAAUGACUCUACGUACCCUAGGCUCGAUUACUGGCCGCAUCUACGAGCCCGCAGUACGAAGAACGCAACGCCCAAACCCGGCUGGAAAUGGAGCAUACGCGUACUCAGGCUAUAAAGGAGAAAACAAGACAUUCGCCACACAGGCCUAGCUCUGGUCAAACAAAAGACGAUUGAACUAAAUCAAUGAGGCCGCCUCAUUUGCAUGUAAGGCCGCACGCAAAUCAUCAAAUGCGAGAGGAAGGGAAUCACGUGACUCUUCAAAGCGGAGACUGGCUCGAGAGGGAAUGUUUGGGAUUAUCCAAUAUGCGACGACCUUCUAAUACGGGAUAUUGAACAAGAAGUGAACAUAAGAAAUGUAGAAAGACAUUGAAAUUUGAUUGUAAAUAGUACAUCAUUAGGCGCCAGUUUUUGCACUUAUAAUGGAUGUUUCUCCUGUAAAUACCUGUAUUGUAUAUAUUAUAUCAUACAGAGACAAAUAUGACCAGAUGACAUGGGAGGGAUAUAGACGUCAAUAAAACAUGCAAAAAAAUGA